AUGUCUAAGGUGGCCGAGCCGUGGUCCGCCCGCCAGCAGCGCCAGCUGGCGUUCAUCUCGGAGUAUACCACGGACAUACGACACAUUGCCGGCAAAUCCAAUGUGGUUGCGGAUUGUCUUUCCAGGGCGGUCGUUGGUGCGGUCCAGCUCGGACUAGACUACGCGCGUAUGGGUGCAGACCAGGCCGCACCCUUCAGUCCCUCAAGGACUCGGACACUGGACUGCAGCUGGGAAAGGUCGCGGUCGGCGUUUCUGGGGUCAGGUUGUGGUGUGACCUCUCUACCGGCCAGCCCAGGCCUCUGGUCCCCGCCAACUGGCAGCGGUCUGUUUUUGAGACUAUACACGGCCUGUCCCAUCCUGGCAGAAAGGCAUCUGUGA